AUGUCUAUCCCGGAAGAAUGUACUGUGCUUGUGGUAGGUGGUGGCCCAGGAGGGUCUUAUGCUGCUUCAGUGCUGGCACGGGAAGGGAUUUCUACCGUCUUGCUAGAAGCCGAUGUGUUUCCUAGAUACCACAUUGGCGAGAGCCUGUUGCCGUCCACACGGGAAUUUUUGAAAUUCAUUGACGUGUAUGACAAGUUUGAAAGCCACGGAUUCAUUCAUAAGCAAACCCGCAGCAUGUACAAAGCUACCAUGAAGAUGUUCCUAGAGCCACGACUAACUCUGAUAUAUCCAGACACAAAUUUCCUUGCAUUUGGUGGACACGCAUGGAAUGUGAUUCGUUCCGAGUGCGACCAGAUUCUCUUCCAACACGCUGGAGCUAGCGGCGCCAAAGCGUUCGACGGAGUGAAAGUCAAUGGAAUUGAGUUCCUGCCCACUGGCUGCCAGGAAGGCCAUGGUAAUCCAAACCAAGGACGGCCAAUUUCUGCCUCCUGGACACGCAAGGACAAGACAGCCAGCGGUACAAUUCGAUUCCAGUACCUGGUGGAUGCCAGUGGGCGAGCGGGUUUGGUCAGCACCAAAUAUAUGAAAAACCGCCGAUAUAACGAAGGUCUUAAGAACAUCGCGACUUGGGGUUAUUUUGAGGGAGCUGGAACGUAUGGAAAGGGUACGCCUGCAGAAGGAGGUCCUUUCUUCCCCCGGCUACAAGAUGGAUCCGGCUGGGCGUGGUUUAUUCCUCUUCACAACAACACAACCUCCGUUGGCGUGGUAAUGCAACAAACCAGUUUCACAGCCAAGAAGAAACAGAUGGCGUCACCUACCACUCGUGAUUUCUUUCUGAAGCACAUGACAGACGCACCAAUGAUUUCUGAACUGCUGGAAAACGCCACACUCGUGUCGGAAGUCAAAUCAGCCACCGAUUGGUCGUACAGUGCUUCAAGCUACGCCAGUCCUUACAUCCGCAUAGUUGGAGAUGCCGGAUGCUUCAUCGACCCUCUCUUCUCUUCGGGUGUGCAUUUGGCGUUCACCGGAGCGCUCUCUGCCGCCGCCUCUAUCUGUGCGUCAAUCAAGGGGGACUGCACUGAACUGACGGCGGUCAACUGGCACUCGGAGAAAAUCCGAGAGGCCUAUACACGGUUUCUGCUGGUGGUUACUAGUGCGUACGCGCAAAUCACAGGUCAGGAGCGCCCGGUGUUGAAUGAUUAUGAGGAAGAAAACUUUGAUCGUGCCUUUAGCUUCUUCCGACCUAGUAAGUCUCUUUCAAUUUUUACCAAUCUCCUUCCCACCCGUGCUAAUCUUAUCCCAGUCAUCCAGGGGACUGUGGAGAUUGGUGGAGGAAAGCUGAGUAGUCAGGAUGUGACCGAUUCAGUGGAGUUCUGCAUGCGAGUCAUUCGUAAAGUGGAUGGCACUACGGACAUGGCUCUAAACGGAGAAACAAUGUGUGAAGAUGAACGUGGCGAGGUAACUUGCGAUCGCAUAAAGAAGGCGGAACUCAAGUCUGAUCUUAACAAGUUCCGUGUUGAUGUUGUAAAUGGGAUGACCGUCAAUCUUGAACACGGAGCCCUAGGACUGGUCCGAGCGACUUGA